AUGACCAGUCAAACAAAUGAGGAUGGUGUUCGACGUCAGAGGAAAGGUAGCUUCAGUGGUGGGAGUGGUCCCAGCAAUGGAGUCUUUCCGGACCCAGACUCGGUGAAGGAGGCAGUCCGAGACUUCCUGGAGCAGAAGAAGUACAACGUGCACGACUUCUACAAAACAGAGGGUUUCUGCCAGCAGGUAGCGCGCAGCUCAAUCUUUGAUCAUAUUACGCUUUUUAUGAUCAUUUUCAAUGCUGUGUGGAUUGCCGUGGACACGGACAACAAUGAUGCAGCGCUGCUCAUACACGCCUUGCCAGUAUUUCAAGCUAUGGAGAACGUGUUUUGCGUUUAUUUCACCAUGGAGUUGAUCAUCCGCUACAUGUCAUUUCGGCGCUCUUGGGAUGCAUUCAGAGAUUUCUGGUUUGUAUUUGAUACUGUGAUCGUAGUCUUCAUGAUUUUCGAGACUUGGAUUAUCACAAUUCUUCUUGCAGCCUUUGAAGGAUUCAUGCUUCAGAACUCUCCGAUUCUGGGGCUUGUUCGACUGCUGCGGCUGUUUCGCAUGACGCGAGUAGUGCGGGUCUUGAAGGCUGUUCCAGAGCUGAUGAUUCUAUUGAAAGGCAUGCUGGCCGCGAUGAGAUCAGUCCUAGUGACGCUGGGACUGCUGAUGAUAGUGACCUACGUCUACGCGAUUGCCUUUACGGCUCUUUCCAAGGAGUACCAAUUUGCUCAGACAUAUUUCCGUGAUGUACCAGCAUCAAUGUUUACUUGUAUCGUCAGAGGUGCUCUCCUUGACGAGGUUUCGGCGUUGUUGGAUGAUGUGGGCCGGGAAAGCGGGGCAGUGGUAGCACUGUUCCUCUCCUAUGUAUUGAUAGCAGCAGUUACAGUGAUGAAUCUGCUGAUCGGUGUCCUUUGUGAGGUGGUAGGUCUCGUGGCAACCGUGGAACGCGAAGAGCUUCAGAUCAGCUUUGUGCAGGCCCAACUCGAAAAGAUGGUUGCAGCGGUGGAUUUGGAUGGAAAUGGAAUGAUCUCCCAGCAUGAGAUGAAGAUGAUUCUGCAAAGCAAGGAAGGUGUUCGGGCCUUGCACUCUGUGGGUGUGGAUCCAGUGAGCCUGGUCGACCUGGCUGACGUGUUGUUUCCUCUGCGAGAAGGUCAGCACGAGGAGGAAAGACAGGAAAUGUCAUUCUCGCAGUUCAUGCGUGAGUUGCUUCUUCUGCGUGGACAGAACACUGCAACAGUCAAAGAUAUGAUCACUCUGCGCAAAGUCCUGAAGGCGCAGCAAGAGGACAUGCUGCAAGCUGUGCACAAGUUGGAAUCUUCUGUGCUGCAGGCACUUGGCAGCAACCCGCCAAAAGAAGCCGCACUGCCACGAUUCUCCAAAGGCAAGGAAGUUCUGGGACCUUGGCUGCCGGAUGAGCGAACGGCGCCCAUCAGGCCUAGCAUGCCAAGGUUUACGGCGACAGACGUCGGAAAGUCCUUAGAGGAUGACCUCUCGCAGAAAAUGCAGGAACUGCGUGAUCUGCUGGACACACUGUUGCCCAGGCAGGACAAGCCAUCUCCAUCUGGGCAGUUGGAAUGCCCAGAGCACAAGGUUCUUCGGUCUGCUGGCAUCGGUGAACACUCGGAAGCUCAGGUUCAGGUCACUCAGGUGACUCCGGUGCUCAGCAAGGAGAUAUCAUCAUCACGCCUUUCCGAACGCGGUCACGAAGACCUUGCAGACCUUACCUCUGCAUCUGGAGAUUUGCCGGGAAUGGAGGAGCUGGAAGCUUUGGAAAAGGUGCUCUCUUGCAAGCCUGUCCAGGACAUCAAGGUAGACGCUUCGAAGCGCUUGCCGGGCAGCCUCGCAGAGGUGCACGUGCUGCCGCAACGCUCCUUGUCAAGCCCUGCCCAGAAUGAAAUUCGCCAGCGCAAAGAGUGUGGAUUGCUGCACAGUGUGGGGAGGCACAUCACCAUCUCCUUUGCUGCCCAGAGAGGUCAGCUGCGAGAGGCAAAAGUGUCGCCGGAUCACAGCAAUGUGAAGAAGCCAAGCCAAGGUUCUGCCCCAGGCACUCCUCAGGCCAAGCCAGUGGCACAGGAUUCGCCAAAAGGCAGAGCCAUGCUUCAGCAACUUCGAUCCACCAAGGUUUUGCCUCAAGGUGAUCCUUUCCGGCGCCCGACCGCGAGCCUUUCACUUCAGGAGAAGAUUCUCCUGCAACGUCAUGUCCUUGCUCAGGCAGCUGCAAAAUCUGCUUCGAAAUGUGGUGCAGGACAGGUGCAGGAGGUAGCAACUCCUACCCGGGGAUCACCUCAGCAAAGACCGAUGUCUCCAAUGAGUCGCCCGAGCGGCGGCUCAGCACAGUUUGGUGCGUUUGGCUUGGAGCUCCCAGUCGGCAAGGCGAGUCCAACGAAUCGCAGGCCUGCAGCAUCUGUGGAAGUCACGCCUCCUGGGACCACCGCGUUUGCAGAUGAAUCCUUGCAAAACGGCAAGACGUGCUCGGCGCCGUCAUCCCCCGCAGCAGCCCAGCUUUGCAGUUCCCGGAUGGCUGCAGCAGGCAAGCCCAACGGUCAACUGGCAGCGAAGGUGAGCGGACCUCGACCGAUGCCGGAGACAGCGUGGGCAGGCGAGAACGACUCGAGGCCAGCGCGCCUUUGCGAAGGCGUCACGGUCAAAAUUGGUGACACACGGUUCCGAAUAUCUGGAGCGUUGGGAACGGGCAGCUACGGCGUUGUGUGGUGCGCUCAACGUCCGGAUUUCGAGAGCAAGGCGGAGUAUGCAGUCAAAGAGAUUAUUUGCAGGACGCAGAACGAGAUGAAGAAUGCCUUAUUCGAGGGUGAGCUACUCGCAAGGCUGGGCGAGGCAUUCAGUGAGGCUAGCCUGCCAGCACUUGCUUCUCGCAUCCCCAAAAUAGCUGCUCAAGAGGCUGAGGGCCUCGGCUCCCAGGCGUGGCGGGUGCGACUUGCAAUGUCAAGGAUUCCUGGGGAGCCGCUUGCGCUAGUGUUACACCAUUGCAAGCGGCAGAAGUUGCGUAACAUGCCGGCCAAAGAUGUGCUCAGGCUGUUGGCAGAACCCUGCCGCAUCACCUCAGAACUGUUGACUCAGCUCGGGCCAGCCCUUCAAGAACUAUCUCGCGUCGCUUUUCACCGAGAUGUGAAUCCGCGAAACAUUGUGGUCAAAGACGUUGACGUGAAAGGACGUACGAGCUUCGGACUUGUCGAUUUUGGAAUGGCAGUCGAAGCUCGCCGCUGGCUGGGAACGUCAGAAAAGGACGGUGCUUGGACAUGCGUCGAAGUAGGUGGCGACUGCCGAUACUGGCCCCUCUCCUCCUGGCUAAUGUUCAUGCGUGGCCCCAAGGAGCUUGGCCCAGGCUCUCCUUUGAGGGCUGAAUACCAGUCCGGUCUUGAUUUGCACGCUCUGGGAAUAAGCGCGCUGCAGGUGCUGAUGGAGAUGUCGCCCCUACUUCCAGAUGAACCGACUGGACCUCCAGAGCAGUGUAGAAUAUUGAUGGCAUUCCGCAGCUUGCAAGAUUGCUGGCUCCGCUAUUGGCACGACGUCUCGAAAUUCUGGCAAUCCCUUAUGACUUGCUUUUCACAAGGAGGAAACUGGAUAGCCUUGAAGGCAUUGUGCAUUGAAAGCGGCCUUGACAGAUUACUGUCUGCGCGUUUGGAAGAGUUGCGGAUGGCGCUCACAGACAUCGGUUCAGUUGUUGGGCCAAAGAUGGACGGAGACGAGCUGGAUGUGUUGGUUCGGACUUUACUGACUCUGCUCAGCAAUGCUUCGAGUCAGCCCAAGCCGCAACAGCCCAAACCUACAUUGCAAAUUGCUGCCCAGCAACAACCACAACAGCAGCCACAGCAGCAGCAGCCGCCGCAACACCAGCCACCGCCACAGCAGCAGGCUCGACCGCAGACACAGCAAGUACUCAAUCAACAAACACAGACGGCAACUCAACAGAAGCCGCAGCAGCAGCAACAACAGCAGCAGCAACAGCAGCAACAUCAGCUCCCUCAACAUCAGCGGCCUCGGCUGCAGUCACAGCCCCAAGUACAAAUGCAUCAGAUGCAGACCCAUUCACAAGAGGCAAAUCGGGAGCAUGAAGAGUUUACGGAGAGUGACAGGCUUGACCGAGUGUCAAGAAUGUCCUCUGUGGCAGAACAAGUCCGGAUCUCGCAGCGAACCCCAAGGCAUUCCGUAACUAUACCUUCGAGCAUUGCCAAUGAGACAGGAUGGUCAGGCACGUCUUCAAGUGCAAUCCGGCAGCGUUCUGGCUCUCCUCUCAUGCGACGUGGCCUUCCGUCUAACUUUGGAGAUGCAUUGCAUGGAGCAAGUUCGAGGUUUGUGCAGGCUGGGCCUUUGGCAGCUCCAGUGAAUGUGGCGGUUCAUGAUGCGUGGAUGCGGACAUCCUAUCCAGCUGCCGCUCAGCCCAGGCAGUAUGUGGGUGGUUCAUGGAACUUUUCUCCACUCCCGCGCUCAUUAUAG